UAACUAGAAGAAAGAAACCAAACAGGCCUUAUUACUAAAAUAUAAAAAAGAAAAAUAAAUUAUUUAAAUAAAAAUGGUAGGAAGACGAUAAAGUUGCUGAGAAAAAGCUGGUUCUGCCUAAAAACAAAAAUCCAAAAUUUCAAAAUUUUCUAUAAAGAAAGUCUCAAAGGGGAAUUCUUUUUGUUAUUUUUUUUCUUGAUAAUUUUAGUUAAGUUUUAAUUUGGGUAUUAUUAUUUGGUGAAAAUCAAGAAAGUAUUGUUAUUGUUGAUUAUGUUGUCUAUGAGAUAUAUAUUGUUAUUGUUAUUAUUAUUAGCUUAUUUAUUUGCAGCUUUUGGAUAUACAAAUUCCCAAUCUGUUUGUGGAAUUCAGCCAUAUAAUUUUCUUUAUGAUCUGAGGUCUCAAUCUCCUAUUGGGAUCUCCUUUCCAUCUCCUUUGCUUCUUCAGGCGAAUGGAGAAUCACUUGACAAGGCUCUGAGGUCCAGUCAGAAAGAUGAGGUUACUGCUAUUUUGUUCUACGCCUUGUGGUGUCCUUUCUCGGCAGAUGUUAAAUCAAAGUUUGGUACUCUAAGUUCCAUGUUCCCACAAAUCAGACAUGUGAUGGUUGAACAAUCAAAAGCCUUGCCUAGUGUCUUCUCCAGAUAUGGAGUUCACAGCUUUCCAUCAGUAUUGAUUGUGACUCGGACAGCGAGAGUGCGAUAUCACGGCAGGAAAGAUCUUCACUCUCUUGUAAACUUCUACAAGAGGACUACAGGGCUUGAUCCUGUGAUCGAUGUGACUGAAAGUCAAAUUGCGUAUAAGGCAGACGGUCGCAAAGCUUUUCAGAGAUGGAAAGGGUCCUCGCUAAAAGAACUACUCUCGAGUGAACCUUACCUUGUUUUAUCGGUUGCGUUCCUAUUGUUUAGAGCUUCCGUAUAUUUCUUGCCCGGUUUGGUAGCUCGUGCAGUGGCAUUAUGGGCUGCAUAUAUUCCUCAUCUGAACAUGGGUAUCUUUGGAGAUUCAAGGCAGCUCCUUGGGCGUGUCUUCCACGUAAUGGACCCCAAGAGGGCUUGGAACAAGCUAAAGCUAUGCAAAACGAGAAACUUCCACAAAGGUGCUAGGAAUGCUCGAGUUUGGGCUUCAUCGUUGACAUCAGUUUCGCUGGGAGAGACUUCAGCAGCAAGAGUAUCCCCAUCAGGAGACUUGUAAGCUACUACUCGUCGUCUCUUUGCAUCGGAUUAUCACUAAAGCGAACAAGUUAGAACUCAGAAUCUGGCGUCUACAGCAAGUAGAGUGAUCCUACUUCUUCAUUCCCCGUUAUUUCUUCCCCCUCGGUUUAGAUGUUCUGGCGCCAUAUUGUAUCGUAUCUUUUUCAGAAUAUACGCAGAGACCAGAGGAUGUUGUGCUUUUAGAGUUUAGGUGGAAACAUGAACAGUGUUCUUGUAAAUUUUUAGAACAAGAGGGUUAUGUAUAUUACAUGAUGACAAGAGGGAGACUUGCAUGUGGUUUGUCUGCGAUGGUUUGUUGAGUUGAUGAUGCUUUUCAUCAACAACAUAUGUUGUCUGUUAACUAUAAGUAGUUCAAUAUUUGGAACA